AUGGAGACGGAUCUGAAUCGUAAACGUAGCAAUUCGGCGUUACCAACAAUCCAACGCAUACCUGGAAAGGGGAAGGAUAAACCAAGAACCCGAUUCUAUAGUAUUUCUUCCACAAUCGUUCCCCAAACUAUCCAGGUAGGCGAGCGGGACAACCAUGAAAAGGAAGAAGGUAGAAAGACGGCUGAGAGUAAACAGUCAUCCCCUGCGCUUCAGAGUAUGUCGAAGGUUGGAUUCCAAUCAAUUUAUCAAAAUCCAGGUUUGAGGAAGAGUCAAAAAGCUGUCGACGUCUCAGGUAGAUAUCGAACCACCAGUUCAAAUUCGUCAGUGAAAAGCAAUGGAAUGGCCAGUUACCAGUCAUACCAAAGCGGAUCGAACAUCUCUGCAAUCAGCAACAAAACGAGUCAAAACUCGCUGUCUGGGAAAAUAACUGGCAGAGGCUCGUACGAUAAUUUAGAGCCGGAUCUCAAAACAGUACCGAGUGCAAACAAGAGCCUAACAGAUACCUCCUCCUCUUUUGGAAAACUGUCAACGGGUACUAAGCGAAACCCUUUUAGCAAAGCUGCUAGGAAACUUUUCAGCCGAAAUGCAGGACGCGCAGAUAAGAUACGCGAAAGUGUCAAAUCACCCACGUCCGGAACCUCUUCAGCCUUUGGUAAAUUCUUGAAUAGCAAAUAUGGGAAGCAUGUUGGAUCUUAUCACAAGCAUUCCGCGGGGGCCCUCAUGGAUGGUGGCAAAAACCCACCUUUUGGCUCACGCAGUAAUUCAGGCAAUGAUGUGCCUCUACAGCUGGCACAGCAACCUGAUUUAGAUUCAAGUGACAUACAAAUGCUACAAGACUUGAUAAAAAAUCUAAAAUCGCUGAGGUCUACUUAUCGUACUUUCACAACUGAGGAACUUGAUGCACUGAUGAGUAAUAUUUGGGGUGUUUUCUGCAGCGUUGUCGUCACCCUGUUCAAGAACAAAGAGCUCUGGGAACUUCCUGCCAAAAUCGAAGAUCUCAAUCACGUCCUGUCGUUCUAUAUACAACUGAAAAUGACACCAAAGAAGUCCUCUGGAAGCUCCAAAUUUGUCGCGGAAAUUGAAGAGUUUAUGGCAACAUGCUUAUACAUCUUGGAAAAUCAAAUUGUGUUCAACUACAGCAAUGAAAACACAAUCAACACAGCCUUGAAGAGGCUUUGUUUAAUAUGGGGUAUUUUUUAUCACCAGAUAUAUCACAACUUCAUGGCCAUUUUCUUACCCUUAGAAGUAAGCUUUCGUGUUGAUAAUGAAUUUUGGUCAGAAAGCCAAACCAACUUUGCUAGAGAUACCCUCAAUGGAACUCGCGCCGGUCCGCUUUCGCUUGAUGUUUUAUUGCUAAAAAGUUUCAGAGACUCUAUUGUAUCUCCCUACUAUGAGAGUUUCAUCAACAGCCAUGAGGGAGCCAGUAAGAGCUUCCAUCUUUAUAUCAUGAAUGAAGAGGAGGAGAAGGGUGUCACCCAAGAAGAUAAGUUGACUCUCUUGCAGUGUUUUGGGAUUCUGUCAUCAAUUAGAAGUGUGGACAUCAAACAAAAGGUUAUUGAUGAAUUAUUGGCGGGCAUUCGGAUGAGCAUAUGA